AUGAGACCUGCAUUAUCCUCCAGAAGACCUGUUAGUGCGUUUCAAUGGAGUGACAACAUGAAGAGUAUUUUAGGUGAGAAUUUCGAUCAAGCUAUUGUAAAGAAAGAAAAACAGCCACAAAUAGCUCAAACUUCGAGAUCUACUACAAGGGAAUCACAAUAUACAGUUCAAAAGCGUGCAUUGAACUCUUCAUUGAAACGACAAAAAGAACUAGCAUCUAAACAGAUUCAAAGAAACUACCGCGUAGAACAAAAUCAAUUACAUCGAGAAUUUCAUCCACCAAAAAAGGAAACAAAAGCUUUCAGUAAACGUUUCCAUGAUUACAAAGUUAUUGAGCAUGUUAUAGAUUCCAGAAACGAUGAAUACAUUCAAUCAGCAGAAUCCUUACCAAAUGGUAGAACUAUCGACUUACAAAGAGCUAGAAGAUUACCUCCGGAUAAUACUAGCUUUAUCAGAUCAACCAAUAGAGUUUUCUUUUGGGGAUAA